CGUCGCAGACCGACCAACGGUACCGCAAGACGUGCAAUUGGCUCGCAGCCGCCUCUUUCUCCUCCUCCUCCUUCCUCUUCGCCACCCGCUCCUCUUCCUCAUCAUUCGCUUCACCUUCCCCUUCGUCCUACCGAACUGGCGCCUCCAUCCGACAGGCCGCAAGUCGCCCCGAGGGGUCACAAGCACACGGGAUCGCACAAAUCGGUCGUCAACACUGCCUCGGCCAGGCUGGAGAUGGGAUCACGCAGACGACCGUCUCCACUGCCGCCUGACCGACCGGUUCUGCCGACCGGUCCGGCGCAGCUCAGUGUCGACAAGUGCUUGCAGACGUUUCUGGCAAGUUCUCGUGUCGCCAAAAUGAUGAAUGCCCAGCGCAACAAUGCGGCCUCGGCGAGUGUGAGAAAUCCCAAAGACGAGGGCAGACAACAGACAAUGCCGAAGCCGAUGCCGAUGCUGAUGCCGAUGCCUCAUUUGAAGCCGUCCGAAAGUCACGUCAACGGCGUUGCAGAGGAGCCGUGUGCCGCGACUGCUUUGCACGCGAAGCAGGCCAAGUCGCAGACUGAGGCAAAGUCCGGUCGACCUGUCUGGCUGGAGCGGAUAUCUUCACGUCUGCUGAGGAAACGAUUCAACAAAACGCUGUGCGACUGUCAGGCCGAGUCGCAGCGUCAGAAGCACAAUCGUCAUGUGCAUCGGUCGCAGGUGGCCGAGUCUCCGCUCAAGCCUGCAGCCAGUCAGCAUCGUUGUCGUCAUCAACAGCUUCAACAUUGCGGCCUACGGGAGCACUAUCUGUCUGAGACUGAACGCAAAUGGCUCGAUUGGAAGUUGGCUCGGUAUCGUGAGAAAUUGUUGGCCAACUAUUGUCAGUCGACGUUCAAUCGUUGUCGUUCGGACAGUUGUUCUUCCGUGUCUUCGGCCAAUUCUGCUGCCGAUCCGGCCAAGCUGGCCAACUCUGCCACUCUGGCGGAUCGUGGUCUCUCGCUUCUGCAGCCCAGUUCACCGUGUUCCUCUCCGGCUUCCUCCUUUUCCUCGUCACAGUCUGACUCGUCUAUCGAAUGGCAAGAGGUGGGAAAGCCGUCGUUUGUCCAGACAAUUCAACCGACCGGACAGUCGCAGGCUAUGUUUGAUCACAACAAAAUGUCGUCACAUUCUCAUGCCUGUCAUUAUCGUCUUCAUGAUCGGAAACAUCAGCAGCAGCAUCAGAAGCAGCACCAGCAGCAGCAGCAGCAGUUGCCUUUGAAGGAGCUGCAGUCACUUGCACAACGUCACCAUCAUACCUCUCGGCAUCCUCAUUGA